CCCCCUUUCUUUUAUGGUUUCGUCUCCCCCUCCAACUUCUCAUGCUUUCGGUUAACUGUUAACGAUUCUUGCUGCAAACAUAAGAACGCACUGCUCUUUCUGUCGUGUUUUGAGGUUUCAAAAAAUGGCGAAAAAGCGCGGGAGAGAGAAUCCAACUGUUCACUUGAACGUUGAAGAAAAGGUUAUUUCGGAUGGAAGAUCAUCAAUGGAUUCAGUCUUGCAUCCGUCGGAAUCACAGCUUGCUCGUCUUCGUCUUAGGGAACGAUGGGAACUGGCUUCUGUUCUUAACUUCUUACAUGUUUUCCAGCCUAUUAUUGAUAGCAAGUUGGAGUUUCCAGCGGAAGAAAUCGAGACAGCCCUCAUUACGCCCAACGACACUCUCGCUCGGCUCCACAUUUUACUUUUGAAGGGUAUACCAUCCGUCAGCAAAAAAUUGAAUGACCCUGACGUUUGGAUUACGGAACUUUGUAAGAAACUUUAUGCGUGGUGGCCAAGGGUGGCUGAAGGGGGAAUUCCACUCCUUGUAUCCCAUGGAGAAGAGAUAUCCGAAUACAAGGAAAUUGAUCCAACUGUUCGUUUGGAGAUCUUGAAAGUACUCUGUGAAAUUCGUCUUAUUCAAGAUGAUAUAUUGACUUAUAUUAACGAUGAACUGAAAGAUGGAAGACAACUUUCCACUUUCCGUAAAGAUAGAAUUGGUGGAGAUGGAAAUGGAACUAAUUACUGGUAUGAUGGAGAUUCAGUUAUUGGUCAUCGGUUAUACAGGGAAGUGAAAAAGGUUGAAUACAACCAAAGCUCAAGGGAGAAGGGACGCUUAACACCGCCAACAACUGGUUUUCAAUGGGAAACACUGGCAACCAAUCUUGAGGAAUUUCGUGAGAUUUUAGAUAAGCUUUCUUCUAGUGAAGUUGUGGUGGAAUCUAAUGUUGGGAAGAUUGUUGAAAGUGAAAUUUUGCCUGUUCUGGAAAAGCUCCAGAAGAAGAAAGAAAGGGCAUUGAAACGUCAACAAGAGAAAGCAAUGUUUCAGAGUGGAAUUUUUAGCUCUUUUGGAAUGAUGAAUACGCGUACUUGUCGUGUUCGUAGACCAGUCAGUUACACAUUUGAUGAGUAUGACAGGUCUAUUGACGAGGCUAUAGAGGUGAUUAAGGGAGAUCCCACUGGGGAUAAAAGGCAUGAGCAGGAAAAUGACAGUGAUCCUGAAGGAAGUGUCACUGAUGAGAUUCAGUUCAUAGGAACUGGCAGUGAUAGCAGUGACAAUGAUGACGAUUAUGAUGGCAAGGAUGAGGUUGACAAUGAUGACAUUGGUGACAACUUAGGUACUUCUGAGAAGAAUAGUAAAAAAAUUGGCCCUGGAAAUGGUGUGAAACAGAAUUCUCAGAAACGAAAUGGUUUCACUGAAGUCAUAGGAUUGCGCCGCAGUAGGAGAAUAGCAGGGACCGAUUGUCCUGGGUUGAUGCUAGGAAGUGAUGCAGACAUGAAAAAGCAGUUAAGGCAGAGACCUCCCUGUGACAGCAUUUUUGAACCUCAUAUUAUUUCAGACUCUGAAGAUGGAAACUUGUCAGAAGAUGCUGGCAAUCAGAUGUUAUGUACUGGAUGAUUUUUUUUAUAUUCCGUGUAAGAAUUUUGUAGUGGUGGUUGAGGAAGGUAAUAUUGAUGGUUCACAAUCACCAGACUGAACCAAUGCACACCUAGCUAUUGCUUAUUUGCAUUUUUUUUUCUUUUUUAUGUAAUACCUAGGGAUAUGGCUUACAAUUUGAAAUCACCUGCUUAUCUGUAGAGCAAGAAGUUUCAAUUCUAUAAUGUAAAUUUUCCUCUUAAUGUAUGCCUAUCACAUGGCAAGUG